UUUGUGACAUUACUUUAAUGCUGCCAAUUUCACAGCUCGAUAACUUUGUGUAUCCUGUUGUCAAGAUGGGCGCGGCAUCAGAUGGAUUCGGUUGGCGUGCUCGUAUCGCUGCCUGUCGGGAGUCUAGGAAGCUGGUGCUUGUCAUCGUCGCUAUAGCCUUGCUGCUUGACAACAUGCUGCUUACAACUGUCGUGCCAAUAAUCCCCGAGUUCCUGUACGAUAUUCGUCAUCCGGACGCACCGCUGUCAAUGUCGCUGGAUGACGUCACAGUGCCCCCGCCUCCACCGACCCCCUACUGCCCCUGUCUCGAGAAGAAUACCACUGUUGUGUACGAGAAUGUAACUCACUUGAACCUAACAGCGGAAAGAGAGGAGCGUCACAAAGAACUGAUACAUGAGACGGUGGCUGUGGGUGUGAUGUUCGCCAGCAAAGCGAUCGUACAGCUUAUCGCUAAUCCAUUCGUAGGACCACUCACACACAGAAUCGGAUACAGCGUACCCAUGUUUACUGGAUUCAUUUUGAUGUUUCUGUCGACUUUGAUCUUUGCAUUCGGUCGUUCUUACGGCGUCCUGUUUGUUGCCCGGGCACUGCAAGGGAUAGGGUCUUCAUGUUCAUCAGUUUCUGGAAUGGGAAUGCUGGCUGAAAGAUAUCCUGAUGAUAAGGAGCGUGGCAACGCAAUGGGCAUAGCUCUGGGAGGUCUGGCACUAGGGGUCCUUAUCGGCCCCCCGUUUGGAGGUCUGAUGUACGAGUUUGUCGGGAAGACCGCCCCUUUCCUGAUGCUGUCUGCUCUUGCUUUGGGCGAUGGAUUACUGCAACUGAUGAUUCUGCAACCGGGCGUGGUGCGGCAAGAGACUGAGCCGCCCUCACUACGCGACCUCGUCACCGAUCCUUAUAUCCUGGUAGCUGCUGGAGCGAUAACUUUCGCCAACGUUGGUAUUGCAAUGUUAGAGCCGAGUCUACCCAUCUGGAUGGCGGACACGAUGGAGGCGCGUCGCUGGCAACAAGGUGUCGCAUUCUUACCGGCCAGCAUCUGCUAUCUUAUUGGUACUAAUUUAUUCGGACCUCUCGGACAUAAAAUGGGUCGUUGGCUGGCAGCUCUUUCUGGUCUGAUCAUUAUUGGAUUAUGCUUAAUAUUGAUUCCAAUGGCGCGUAAACUGGAACAUCUGAUCAUUCCUAAUGCUGGUCUGGGCUUUGCUAUUGGUAUGGUUGAUUCGUCUAUGAUGCCGGAGCUCGGUUUUCUGGUGGACAUUCGUCACGCUGCUGUCUACGGCUCUGUGUAUGCUAUUGGUGAUACUGCGUUCUGUUUGGGAUAUGCUGUUGGUCCUGCAUUCUCUGGAGCUCUAGUUAAUAGUAUUGGCUUCGAAUGGAUGCUAGUCAUUAUAGCACUACUGAACUUUGCGUAUGCACCCUGUCUAUUAAUGCUGAGAUCUCCACCGGCUAGAGAUGAGAAGCAGAGUUUGAUUAUAAGCGACAAAUCAUCUGUACGCUAUGUGACUUAUCAGAACGAAGAAGAAGAAUAGACGCCAUCUUAAAGUCCGCCAUCUUGAAACCCGCCCGUUUCUAACUUUUUAAU